AUGAACCCCGAGCUUCAGUCCGCCAUCGGCCAGGGUGCCGCCCUCAAGCACGCCGAGACCGUCGACAAGUCGGCUCCUCAGAUUGAGAACGUCACCGUCAAGAAGGUCGACCGCUCCUCCUUCCUCGAGGAGGUGGCCAAGCCCCACGAGCUGAAGCACGCCGAGACCGUCGACAAGUCGGGUCCCGCCAUUCCUGAGGACGUGCACGUCAAGAAGGUUGACCGUGGUGCCUUCCUCUCUGAGAUCGAGAAGGCUGCCAAGCAGUAA